AUGCGCCGCGGAUCGACCGGCUGGCCCUCCACCCGUCCCUUGCAGGCUGACGUCACGCGGCUGGUGGAGGCCGGCGGCGGCGCUCGGCUGGAGGCGCUGGGCGUGCAGGGCGAGGCGGCGGCGGCCAGCGUGGCGGCACGCCUGGAGGGCCACGAGCGCGAGCUGGCAGAUGCAGUCCAGAAGCGUGCCGUGCUGGAGUGCGUGCCCUCCUUGCUGCUCACCGCGCUGUCGCGCGUCCAAGACUGCUUCUGCCUGGAGGUGGUGGGCCGCAACUGCCUCGUCCUGCAGGGCCCAGGCACUGACCCUGCAGCGGUGGCCCACUUUUGCGCGCUGGCGGCGGUGCCACCUAAGCCUGGGACAGUCACACUGCUCAACUAA